AUGGAAGCCAGAGCCCCUCUAUCGCAUGAUGAUUACACGGUCAGUUGGAUAUGCGCCUUGCCUGUGGAGACGGCAGCCGCAAAGCUCAUGUUGGACGAAAUACACCCCUCGUUGCCUCGCCUGCCGAUGGAUCAAAAUACGUAUAUCCUAGGAAGCAUCGGGGAACACAACGUCGUUGUUGCUACUUUACCGGGUGGCGCAUAUGGCAACACAUCAGCUGCAACGGUUGGGGUGCAAUUGCUAUCCAGUUUUCACUCCAUCCGUAUUGGAUUUAUGGUUGGCAUUGGCGGCGGAAUACCAAGCAGCAAUACAGAUAUUCGGCUCGGUGAUAUUGUAGUGAGCCAGCCGACGGACACUUCUGGUGGGGUCAUCCAGUAUGAUCUAGGUAAAGCAUUAAGCGCCGGCCAAUUCAAGCGAACCGGAAUACUCAAUCGACCUCCUAAGGUUCUGUUAACCGCUCUCGCAACGCUCCAAGCCUAUCACUUCACUGAAGAUAGCCGGACCGUCGAAUUUAUCUCCAACAUGCACGCUAAAAUGGCGCCCGACAAAGCUACCAAAUUCACACGACCAACGCAAGAGGAUUGUCUAUUCCAAGCACAUUAUGAUCAUAUCGCAUGCGACACGUGUAUUUAUUGCGACCGCACUAAACUGUUUCCACGACCCCCGCGAGAGCAUCAACAACCUGUUAUUCACUACGGACUUAUCGGAUCUGCAAACCAGGUUAUAAAGGAUGGCAGGCGGCGAGAUCAGCUAGCUCGGGACUUAGGCAUAUGUUGUGUCGAGAUGGAAGCCGCGGGACUAAUGAAUGACUUUCCAUGUCUGGUCAUUCGCGGUAUCUGUGACUACGCCGAUUCACAUAAGAAUAAGGAAUGGCAAGGAUAUGCGGCCGCUGUGGCAGCAGCCUAUGCGAAAGAGCUUCUUUUAAUGGUUUCAAUCGAUCAGAUUAACAGUAGUCCAACCACAAGGGACACACUAGCAGACUUUGUUCACCGCUUUAACAUCCCACUAGACCUAGCGGGUGUGCCAGUGAUUGAAAAUUUCUUGGGUCGGCAAGGCGAGCUAGAUCAAUUCUGGCAAUAUUUACGGCCUACGGGCCUCCCGUCACGAAAGGUUGCAGUUCUUCAUGGGCUUGGGGGAAUGGGAAAGACGCAACUAGCGAUUCGUUUCGCACGAGACCACAGACAUGAUUUCACUGCUAUCUUCUGGCUGAGUGGUAAGAAUCGAGGCACGCUAUUGCAAUCUUUAAGCUCUACCUUGCCCCGAUUACCAGGACAGUCACAGAACACCAAGGCUGUUAAUGACGAGGAGGUAGAGCAACGAGCUAAAGAUGUAUUAAAGUGGCUAGCAAUAGAGGGAAACUCCCGGUGGCUGAUCAUUUUUGACAACAUCGACCAAUACUCUCCUUUCAAUGGCCCCAUUAGUGAUGCAUUUGAUAUUGCUGAAUUCUUUCCUAGAGCCGACCACGGCUCUAUUCUCAUUACCUCUCGGCUACAAGGCUUGACAGAGCUAGGAAUGUCAUUUCCAAUUCAGAGACUUGACUUAAAGGAUGCAAUUCAGCUACUACUACUAAGUAGCCGUCUAUCAGUGAAUAGUGCAGUCAAGGAGCUUGAGGGUAACCCAGAUACCGUUGCUCUUGCGAACCGUCUAGAUGGACUUCCAUUGGCAAUCGUCGUCGCCGGGGCAUUUAUGCGUGAAACUGGAACCAGUAUCACUGAGUACUUACAGUUUUACCAAGCAUCUUGGUCCGACCUACAGCUGCAAUCCAACCCUGAACGCCAGUACCAGCAAGGGAACAUGCUACAAACGUGGAUGAUCUCAUAUCGUGAGAUUCAGAAGCGAGACGCGAAUGCAGCGAAACUGCUACUAUUUCUUGCUCGUUUCGAUAAUCGGGACAUCUGGUUUGAAGUAAUUCAGAGCAGCUGUCAUAGCUCAAAUGUCCCAGAGUGGCUCGAAACGUCUAUAUCAAGCGGACUGGCGUUCAAAAUCGGUGUCAAAGCUCUUAUUGGGUUCUCUUUACUUGAGAUCAUGGAACGAGAGGGAGGUUAUGCUAUGCACCCAGUAGUACAAGACUGGUGCAUUCACCUAGCCAGCACAAACAGAAGUGUGCAUUCAAUUCAGCUCAAUGAGCUUGCUCUUAUAUCUGUUGGGUACACAGUCCCUAGUUCAAGUAUAAGAGAUUAUUCCGAGCUUCAGCAACGGCUUAUUCCACACGCGAAUUAUGUACGUCAGCUAGAUUGGUCAGGCGAUAAUUUUGCGGUAUGGGGGGCAUUCCAUGGUUUAGGAAACCUCUUUAAAGAUCAGGGGAGACUGAAGGAGGCAGAGGAAAUUUACCAGCGAGCACUGAUAGGCAAGGAGAAGGUCCUCGGCCCAGAUCAUACGUCUAUUCUAAAUACAGUUCACAACCUUGGCGAUCUCUACUCUGAUCAGUGGAAACUAAAGGAGGCAGAAGAGAUAUACCAACGAGCACUGGCAGGCUACGAGAAAGCCCUCGGUCCUCAUCAUACAUCCACACUCAUCACAGUUAACAACCUUGGUAAUCUCUACUCUAAUCAGGGGAACCUGAAGGAGGCAGAAGAGAUGUACCAGCGAGCACUGGUAGGCUACGAGAAAGCCCUCGGUUCUCAUCAUACGUCCACACUUGAUACAGUUAACAACCUUGGGAAUCUCUACUCCAAUCAGGGGAAGCUGGAGGAGGCAGAAAAAAUGUACCAGCGAGCACUGAUAGGCUACGAGAAAGCCCUCGGUCCUCAUCAUACGUCCACACUCAUCACAGUUAACAACCUUGGUCUCUUCUACAAAGAUCAGGGGAAGCUGGAGGAGGCAGAAGAGAUAUACCAGCGAGCACUGACAGGCUAUGAGGAGGCCUUUGGUCCUGAUCAUAAGCCCACUCUCACCACACUUGAUAGCCUUGGGAAUCUCUACUUUGAUUAG